CAUCAAUCAGAAUGUUCAAGCUGGUUAUCUUCGCUACAGUUAUGGCGGUCGCUGCUGCCAAACCUGGCAUCCACUCUGUUGCCUACCCCGCCGCCCCGGUCGUAGCAGCUGCCUACACCGCCCCGGUCGCUGCGGCAUACACCGCCCCGGUCGCUGCUGCAUACACCGCCCCGCUCGCUGCGGCAUACACCGCCCCGGUAGCUGCGGCAUACACCGCCCCGGUCGCUGCAGCAUAUACCGCCCCGGUAGCUGCAGCAUAUACCGCCCCGGUCGCUUACUCCGCGUAUACAGCUCCAGUUGUCUCAGCUGCUUAUAGAGCUCCGCUAAUCUUCAUGACCCUGUUGGCGUUCGCCAUCGCCAAGCCGCUGGUCUACACUGCACCCAUUGCUGCCGCUUACACCGCCCCCGUCGCCGCAGCGUACACUGCUCCCGUCGCGUAUUCGGCGUACUCAGCAUACCCCUAUUACUCCGCGUAUGGAUACGCCGCCCCAUACACGUACUACCUUUGA